AUGGCUUCGUCCCGUGCUUCCGGGGCUUCUGGAGGCGUGAAGUUUGUUGGAAUCGCUGCCGGUGCAGCAAUAGCUGGAGCGGCAGGACUUGCCGGAUACGCCUUGUACGAUAGCAAUUUUAGAAAAACGUUGGAAAAUUCGAUUCCCGGUUCUCAAAACUUGUUGAAUUAUGCUAUUGGAGUUCAAGAGCCACCAGCACAACGUCUGAAAGAUCUUCGUCCGUUGCAAUUCUCUGCUGAUCCAAAAGUUCCACCAAAACCAUUCGAGUCAAAACCAGUAGAAGAUUCGAAAGAAAAUGCGAAAGACAGUUCACCCGGCGAAGUGAAAUUUGUGGAAACUGUUACUAAAAUUGAAAAACGUAUGGCGGAUAACCCAUAUAUAGGAGGCAAAAGUUCGACAAAUCCUGAGCAAAAGAAUGAAAAUCUUACUGACUCCCUCAAAAAACAUUUGGUCAAUUCUGAGAAAGCCACGAAAAAUGCAACGGGAGCAAAGCUGGAGACGAUUCGAGCUAUUAAACAUCAUAUUCAAACUAUUCAAUGGGAGAAGAAAGCAAGAAAUGCGUUGGCUGAACUUGUUACGGAAGCCAAUCUUGGUGGACAAGGUGAGACCACACAGCUCAAUCCACUCGUUCCAAUCUCGAAGGCAACUGCAACUAAACUGACAAACGAACUAGAUGAAAUGAUUUCCAAUGUGAAACACGUGGACUCGGAGCGAAUUUUCGUUCAUGAUUACAGUGAUCGAGUAGCAGAAAGCCGAAAGAAAUUCCAGUUGGAAUUGAAAGCGGUUCAUCCGAAUUUGAAUUAUGAAGAGGGAAUGAAGCUGAAAAAGAGUGAUUUGCAGACAAUUCUUGCACACGCUCAUUUGAGAAUUGUUCAACUUAUUAAACGAAGAAAAACGCGUUCAGUCAAUUGUUUCGAAAAGAAAAAUGAUCUUCUCGAAAAGUUUCGUCUCGAAGCGAACUCCAAGGUUGCUGCAAUUCCAGAGAUUGAUAAAAAGAAGUUAGACGAGGAACUUGCUCAUGCAACUGCUGAAAUUCAAAAGAAGUACGACGAAAAGUUGAAAGAAGUCGUUCGAACUCAGAAGCAAUUGUAUGAUAUAGAACAUGCGAAGGAUGUAGAUGACGCUGUUCAAAAAGAGAGAAAUGAACACUCAUCAGCCGUCGGAAAAGCACUGGCUCAGUUGGAAGGAAUUGAGAGAGCACUUGCCGGACAUCUUCAAAUGGAUAUUCAGAAUAGAAAAUCAAAACAAAUGUGGUUGGCUACUCAAAAUCUGAAAGAAACUGUUAUUUUCGGAAAUCGUGCUAAGUGCUUCUGCCGAAUCGGUCGUCGUGUUGCAUAUGUGAAUGAUGGAGGUGCCCUCGCUCAUCUCUAUUCCUGGCUCAAAUCCUCACUGAUCAUCGAAUUGAAGCCUAAACAAGGAACUGUUGAGCGUCUCACUACUGCCGCUGAAACCAAUUUCACCCUGCUGACACGUGCUGAACAAUUGUGGAAAUCUGGAAAGAAAGGAGACGCUAUUCGUGUACUUCAGAUGACCGAUGGUGUCACCAGACGAGUGGCUGCUGAUUUCAUUGAAGAUGCACGUCGUCAACAAGAAGCUCUUCUUCUUUCCCGUCUUUUGUUGGCUCAUGCCGCUCUUACCCCGAUUCGUUCUACUUAUUGA